GGUUGACUGCUGUGAACUCAAACUCAACUCAUGAGCAAGAACGCAACUACUACACAACAUCAACAGCAGAACUAAGUUUGGCCACAAAACAUAGUGCUCCAUUUUUUUCCCCAUCCUUCAUCCCUGCGAAGAGGUUCUGGCAGGAGCAGCUGAGAGCCUGAGAGGUGCAUAAAAAUAUUUAAAAAAUAAUCCACCACUACUAGAUUAGCUAUUGGAGAAGAGAGGGGAGCACAGAGAGAGGAGGCAUAAUUCCACUCACUGGCCAACGACAGGACGUUCUCUCUCCCUCCCCUUUGCUCAAGAAAUCCAGCAGAAGCUCCUCCUCAUCUUCCCCCUCCCUCCUCUCAACCUCUCCCCUCAAACUCACACACCCAACGAAGCAAGAAUUGUGGUGGUAGCUAAGGAAUUGGAGUUCUUGCAUGGAUGCAGCCCACUGGCACCAGGGCCUAGGGUUGGUGAAGCCCAUGGAGGAGAUGCUGAUGGCGACCAGCGCGGGCGCCGGAAACCCGAGCCAAGGCUCGAAUCCGAAUCCGCCGCCGCCGGCACCGACGUCGGCACCUGGGGGCGCCAUGCGUGGUGGCGCGACGCUGGCCGUAGCGGGCGCCGGUAGCACGGAGCGGCGCGCGCGGCCGCAGAAGGAGAAGGCGCUCAACUGCCCGCGGUGCAACUCCACCAACACCAAAUUCUGCUACUACAACAACUACAGCCUCCAGCAGCCGCGCUACUUCUGCAAGACGUGCCGCCGCUACUGGACGGAGGGCGGCUCCCUCCGCAACGUCCCCGUCGGCGGCGGCUCCCGCAAGAACAAACGCUCGUCUUCUUCCGCGUCUGCCUCCGCCUCCGCUUCGGUCACGAGCUCGUCCAUGGCAAGCACGGCGGGAGCGGCGUCCAAGAACCCAAAGCUGGCGCACGAGGGCGCGCAGGACCUCAACCUGGCGUUCCCACACCACGGCGGGCUGCAGGCGCCCGAGUUCGCGGCGUUCCCCAGCCUGGAGAGCAGCAGCGUGUGCAACCCCGGUGGCGCAAUGGCGAGAAACGGACGAGGCGGCGGCGCAGGACCCGGGGCCGGCGCGCUCUCCGCCAUGGAACUGCUUCGGAGCACCGGUUGCUAUAUGCCGCUGCAGAUGCCCGGAGAUUACGCCUCGGCAGGGUUCGCGUUCGGAGAGUUUCGUGCGCCGCCGCCGCCUCCACCGUCACAGAGCAUGCUCGGGUUCUCGCUGGACGCGCACGGCCCGGGGCCCGGUGCUGCCGCGGCGGGGUACGGUUCCAGCGAGGGGUUGCAGGGUGUGCCGGAGAACGCUAGCAGGUUAUUGUUCCCCUUCGAGGACUUGAAGCCGCCGGUUAAUUCUGGAGGUGGUGGUGGUGCAAGCGGUGGCGCCGGCGAUGGAAAUGGCGGCCAUCAUCAGUUUGAGCACGGCAAGGAGCAAGGCGAUUUCGGCCCCGGCGCCGGGCAGGACACGCCGGGGUUCUGGAACAGCAUGAUCGGCGGCAGUGGCACUUCUUGGUAAUAUGAAGGCUAGCUGCACUGUCGUGGCGCCAUGCAUGGCUCAUGCAAAGCCUCCGUGCGUGCAUGGGCAACUGGAGAAGUAGGCAGUAGAGACAAGGGUUCAAUAAGAGGUUGGCAUUUGUGGUGGUCGCCGUGACAUCGAGUGUUUGAUCUCUUUCCUGGUGUUGGUUCUUGGUGUUCUUCUCGCUGUUGUCGUCGCGAGUUCGUGUGCGUUUGCUGAUCUUCGACUUAAUUGGGGCUCUUAACACAUCAGAGAGUACAAAAAUUCAGGGGUUAUGAUACAUAGCUUGAUCGAUAUCUCUUGGUCUGUCUCAUUUCUGAUAUUUUCUUGGGGGCUCUUCAUCGCUUUAUCUAUGCCAUGCUAAGCUGCUGCUUCACUGUAGCACUGGGGCUAGAGAAGCUUAUUUUUAGGCCGGCUUCGAGUUAGAUGGCACGUAAUAGUACUAGUACUAGUACAUUUUGUGUGUGAGAAACUAAGAAUGCUCCCCGAAUGUAUGCAUGUCACACAUUCAAACAGGGUUAUUGAAUCAGUGUGUUGGGUAACAGCAAUGCAUGCAGUGUUUGAACUUUGAAGCUCCAGGUUUAGAAGUAUAUUUUUAAUUUCAAGGGGAUUUGCAGGUUUGUAUUGAUCCAAACAGUAUUAGCACCACUUUUUUUUCCUUGUUUUUUACUUUGCUAUUUUUUAAGGUGCAGGCUCAUACUAGUUCCGAACUAAGGUUUUUGAUCGAAUGUAUUGUGUAUUUUAUUGUUAUUCACAGUUUCAUAAACUAAUGUAUCUUUUGCUCCCUGUUUCUCUAAUUUUGUAAUAAGCUUGUUUUUCUAUC